GCUGCACUUGCUACGUCAUCGAAAAUGUGAGGUGGUGAACGCAGUAUCCAGUUUGGUCGGCGGCAGUGGCAACUUUUAUCUCCAAAUUGCGUUUUCAGGUGGUAUGGAAGACGGAACAGGAAAAGAAAUCUAAGAUAUAUAUUGAGGGGGAAAAAAAGAUGGAUUCACAAGAUUGUGUCCCAACAAAUUCAAAGCAAGAUAUGAGCCAUCACAUAAAGGGUAACGCUGGUAAACAUUAUCUUUGUGGCUAUUGUGCAGCCUUCACCAAUAUAGUAGUCACCUUUCCCAUCCAGAAGGUCCUCUUUCGACAACAGUUGUAUGGCUUGAAAACAAAGGAUGCAGUACAUCAGCUGCAGAAAGAUGGAAUUCGAAAUCUCUAUCGUGGAAUCCUUCCUCCAUUAAUGCAAAAAACAACUACCCUGGCUCUAAUGUUUGGCUUGUAUGAAGAUUUCUCCUCCUUGCUCCAUAGUCAUACAAGUGCACCUGAACUUCUAACUUGCAGCAUGGCAGCAGUGCUUGCAGGGACCACAGAAGCCCUUCUUACACCUUUUGAACGAGUCCAGACUUUGCUUCAAGACUACAAACAUCAUGACAAAUUUACAAACACUUACCAGGCUUUCAAGGUACUAAAAGUCUAUGGGAUUAGAGAAUAUUAUCGGGGUUUGGUGCCUAUUCUGCUCCGGAAUGGAAGCAGUAAUAUCCUCUUCUUUGGCCUACGAGGACCUAUCAAACAUUGUCUGCCUGAAGCAACUUCUCAUAGCACUCACUUGGUCAAUGACUUUAUCUGUGGUGGGCUGUUGGGUGCCUUACUGGGAUCCUUAUUUUUCCCAAUGAAUGUUGUAAAAACUCGCAUGCAAUCUCAAAUUGGUGGUGAAUUUCAGUCUUUUUCAAAAGUUUUUGUGACAAUAUGGCUAGAACGUGAUAAAAAAUUGAUGCAUCUUUUCAGAGGAGUCCAUCUGAAUUACCAUCGUUCUGUCCUGUCCUGGGGCAUAAUCAAUGCAACAUACGAAUUCUUGCUAAAGCUAUUAUGAGAAAUGUUACCUUCCUUUGAAACACCUCUAUUCACUUGGGUAUUUGUACAUUUUAGAUCACUUUGUCUCUGGAAAUAGGUUAAUUUAUGGAACUUUUUGUAAAUAAUAUGUAGUACCAUGAAACUUGAAGAGAAUUCAAAGCAGCCAUUUCAGUAGAGAGAUGGAUGAUAUUGUUAGUGGCUGCUUAGUGUGGAAGGUAAUUAGUCUUAUGAACAACCUUGAGUAUUUAUGGGGUAAAUAGCAAUAUAUCUAAAUCUUGAUGCAAUUCAAUAUACUUCUAAACAAGUUAAAGUAUUUAUAUAUUGGUGGAUAAAUUUACCCAUAGUGGAAUAUCUAGAAAAAUGCAAAGUAAAAAAAUAUCUGUAUAUUGGUCCAGUAGCUUAUUCUAUAAUUUCAAAUAUUUCCCAAUACUCACAAUAAUCAAAUUUUAUGCUGCACAUUGUAUAAUUUGAAAAUAAAGAAGGAGCAAAUGAAAGCUAAUUCUUUUGUUUGAAACACUACAGAGGGUUAAAAACUGAGCUUCCAAAUGUCUUGGGGCUCUAAAUUAUCUUUGGAGUUUAAACAGAAGCUGCCAAUUUUUGAUUAGGAUGACUUUCUUUCUGAACCUCAAGUUUUAAACUGAGCCUACACAAACUAUUUUGUCAACCAUAUUACCACUCAGCUUUAACAUGAGCAUUAUCUCAUUCAUCAAUAGCUACUGAAUAUUAAACUUCAGUGUAAAAUGACCAAAUGCAAAGUGGGAUUGUGCCUAUGUAUGAGUGUGCCUUGAAAUUAAAAGGUGGAAGGAGCAAGACAACAAUUUUAUCUCAAGCUUUAAAAGUGUUCCUUGUUGAAAAACCUAUUUGCAAAUUUAGUAUACUCAAGUUUUCUGCUUUUGUAUUGCUUUGUUUCUGUUGCAAACAAAAAACUGAUCUCACUCAAAUGUUCAAACAGUAAUACAUCUUCCUUUGAUUAGCAAGCUACUUGAUUUACAGCUUUUUUUUUUUCUUUUGCAAACUGUUUUUGUUUAAUUUGUGCUGUGACAGAAUUUUAUAUCAGCACUGACAAAGUGAGAUUUCUGGGUAUAAGCAUUUAAGGCCUUAAAGGGAAAGCAAGCAUAACUACCCAACAGGUGACUGUCUUAAUUCUUUCUUAGUUCUUUUUUCUUUAUUUGGGGGUGUGUUAUUCAUGAAAAGUUUAUGAAGCAUUCUUUGUUUUGGAUUUGGGGACAGGAAAACUUUCAGAAACUAUUUUUAAUUGUUCUUUUCCUAUUUUUUAGGCCCUGUAUAACUAUCACUGGUAAUACAGUAAAACAAUAAAAGGAGUUGUGUGGCUAAUAACUUACACUUCAA